UCUGACAAGGAUAUACAUUUAUAUAAUUCUCAAUAAUUCUCCAAAUAAAACCAUUCACAAUUUCUAACAGUUGCAAAUAUUUCUGGUUUCAUCACAUGAGUAGGAUUCAUAGUUCUCUAAGGUAAGGAAGCUGUAUCUCAUAAAGCCCAAAUCAGAAUGUCAUGGGUUCAGGUAUAUUUUCUUUCUUUAUAGAUAUCAAGGGUAAAAUCUCAGCAAAUGUUUUUAUAUAAGUCUUGUGUGAUUACUCUUUUAACUCUUUCAACUGACCCUGAAAAAUGAGCAGAAAAAAAUCUUUCUCUUUGAAGCAUAAACUUGAAAGAUCUAAUCUGGCUAGUCCCCAAAUCACUGGCUGGUUGGUCCUUUACUUAUAUAUAAACCCUCAUUGUAAAGGAUCCAACUUCAUCAUGAGUCCCAGAAAUGUUCCCCAAGUCUAGGUAGCCCGUGUCUUUGGUGAUCCAGCCUAUGGAUGUCCAAACUAGCAAGGGUGAAGAGCGGGAGUGAAGGGAAUGUUCAUUUCCUGGAAAGAUGGAUACACCACGUCCACGCAGGUCCUGUUCACCAGAAUGGAGUCAUGUGACCACAGUUAUCUGCAAGGUUCACUGGGAAGUGCUGUUUUCUCUGGGUUCUAUUACUAAUUAAAAGUGGGGAAAGUGAGUAUUGGAGGCAACACCAAAUAUUAGUCAGACCAUAUCAUAGACUGUGGUAUUUAUCCUACAAACAAGGGAGACACUUAAAUAUUUUAUUCAGAGGGAUGACUUGAUGAUAAUUGUGUUGCAUACCAUGUGUGUGUCUGAGAGAGAGAGAAAAGGGGAGACACACACAGAGAAAGAGAGAGAGAAAGAGAAUGGUUUGGAGAGAGCCUGCCUGGCUAUUAGGAGGUCAUUCCUCAAGUCCAAGUGAGAAAUGGUGGCUGGGAUCUGGGUGAUAGUAAUAGAAAGGGUAAGGAGAUGAUGGGAUAGAUGAUUCAAAUGAUACUGAAAAGAUAACAUUGCCAGUUAAAAUAGGAGCAGAGGAAGUCAGAAAAAUGUCCAGAUAACUCCUAGGUUAUCUAGAUGUGAGGUUAUUUGUAGAAGAAUCCUGAAUUUUGUUUUGGAAAUGUGUUUCAGAAGCAUCUGUCAGGCAACUGGUUUCUGCACAUCGAAAAUAUGAUUUUAGAACAAAAUAACCGCCAAUUUAUAAUCAGUGAAAUUCUCAAACCCAGGCAUUGUUAACUAAACCACUUAAAUGAAUUUUCCCUCCCAAGAGAUUUCUUAUCUUAAAGUACUGCAAACACCUAAACACAUUGCACAUAAGCAUAAGAAAGCUAGCUAGAUAUAGAAUCUUGAAACUAGCAAAAGGCUCAGCUAAUCCUGGCAGUCAUAAGUCACGAUCGGUCUUCUUGUGUUGAUAGUGUGGACAGGAAUAUUGGUCGUACCCGGGGGUAUGAGUCACACAAUCUUGCAUGUGACAACUCAGUGCACACUGAGUGAUGGGCAUCAUCAUGACUGUUCUCACUCUGUGAGCAUCUACGAGAACUAUGGCAAAGCUCCUGGGCUGGAAUGCAGGCUUUUGGUCCUUCAGGUAUGGAUCUCUGGCAGCUGCUGCUGACCUUGGCACUGGCAGGCUCAAGUGAUGCUUUUUCUAGGAGUGAGGCCACACCAGCUCUUCUUGGCAGAGAAUCCCAGAGUCUGCAAAGAGUUAAUCCAGCCCUAGGGACAAAUUCUUCUGGGAAGCCUAAAUUCACCAAGUGCCGUUCACCUGAACUAGAGACUUUUUCAUGCCACUGGACAGAUGGGGUUCAUCAUGGUUUAAAACGCCUGGGAUCAGUACAGCUGUUCUAUAUUAGAAGGAGCACUCAGGAAUGGACCCAAGAAUGGAAAGAAUGCCCCGAUUAUGUCUCCGCUGGAGAAAACAGUUGUUACUUUAAUUCAUCGUAUACCUCCAUUUGGAUACCUUACUGUAUCAAGCUGACUAACAAUGGUGGUACAGUGGAUCAGAAGUGUUUCUCUGUUGAGGAAAUAGUGCAACCAGAUCCACCCGUUGGCCUCAACUGGACUUUACUGAACAUCAGUUUAACUGGGAUUCAUGCAGAUAUCCAAGUGAGAUGGGAACCACCACCCAAUGCAGAUGUUCAAAAAGGAUGGAUAGUUCUGGAAUAUGAGUUACAAUACAAAGAAGUAAAUGAAACUCAAUGGAAAAUGAUGGACCCUGUGUUGUCAACAUCAGUUCCAGUCUACUCGUUGAGACUGGAUAAAGAGUAUGAAGUGCGUGUGAGAUCCAGACAACGAAACUCAGAAAAAUAUGGCGACUUCAGUGAGGUGCUUUAUGUAACCCUUCCUCAAAUGAGCCCAUUCGCAUGUGAAGAAGAUUUCCGGUUUCCAUGGUUCUUAAUUAUUAUCUUUGGAAUAUUUGGGCUGAUGGCCAUGCUAUUUGUAUUUGGAUUUUCUAAACAGCAAAGGAUUAAGAUGCUGAUUCUACCCCCAGUUCCAGUUCCAAAGAUUAAAGGCAUUGAUCCUGAUCUUCUCAAGGAAGGAAAAUUAGAGGAGGUGAACACAAUCUUAGCCAUUCAUGAUAACUACAAACCUGAGUUCUACAAUGACGACUCUUGGGUGGAAUUUAUUGAACUAGACAUUGACGAUCCUGAUGAAAAGACUGAAGGCUCAGACACAGACAGACUUCUAAGCAGUAACCAUCAGAAAUCACUUAAUAUCCUAGGGGCAAAGGAUGAUGACUCUGGACGUACCAGCUGUUAUGAACCCGACAUCCUAGAGACUGAUUUCAGUGCCAUUGACAUGUGUGAUGGUACCUCAGAGGUGGCUCAGCCACAGAGAUUAAAAGAAGAAGCAGAUCUUGUGUGCCUUGACCAGAAGAAUCAAAAUAACUCACCUUACCCUGACACUUCCCCUGCCACUCAGCAGCUCAGUGUUGUCCUAGCAGACGAAAGCAAACCACGACCAUGUCUUGUUGGAAAUGAGACAACUCAUCAAGCUGCCCAUACUCAGCUAAGCAAUCCGAAUUCACUGGCAAACAUUGACUUUUAUGCCCAGGUGAGCGACAUUACACCAGCAGGGAGUGUGGUCCUUUCUCCGGGCCAGAAGAAUAAGGCAGGGAUAUCCCAAUGCGACACGCAUCCAGAAGUGAUCUCACUCUGCCAAGCAAACUUCAUCGUGGACAACACCUACUUCUGUGAGGCAGAUGCCAAAAAAUGCAUCGCCGUGGCCCCUCACAUGGAGGUCCAAUCACACGUAGAGCCAAACUUUAACCAGGAAGAUAUUUACAUCACCACAGAAAGCCUUACCACUACUGCUAGGAGGUCUGGGACAGCAGAAUGUGCUCCGGAUUCUGAGAUACCUGUCCCAGAUUAUACCUCCAUUCAUAUAGUACAGUCUCCACAAGGCCUCAUACUCAAUGCCACUGCCUUGCCCUUGCCUGACAAAGAGUUUCUCUCGUCUUGUGGCUACGUGAGCACAGACCAACUGAACAAAAUCAUACCAUAGCCUUUCUUUGAUUUCCAAGAGCUAUGUAUUUAAUGGCAAAGAAUCAGCUGGGGCACGAAUGCUUAAACCAAAUCAAUGUUUAAACCUUUUGGGGUGGGGAGGGUGAAGUGUGGAUCCUAAAUAGGCCUUUUCCUGAAAUGUUGAAACAUGGUAUUAAAAAGAAAAAAUAAGAAGGAUGUUUAAUCGGAUAGAUAUUCCUGUUGUGAAUUGUAAAUAUUUUAAAUAAUUGUCUCAAAGACUGUUUAGUGGCAGUGAUUGUCUUGUUAUUGUGAGUGUUAAUUUUGUGAUACUAAGCAUUGAAUGGCUGUGUUUUUAAUGUCUAGUAAAUCAUGCUUUUUGAAAAAGCGAAAAAUCAGGUGGCUUUUGCAAUUCAGGAAAAUUGAAUGCAAAUCACAUAGCACAGGCUAAUUUGUUUCUUUUUUAAAUAAUCAGGAACUAAACUAUAGGGAAGGAGGCAAAAAUAGUUUGGAUAUGUAAAAUAUUUAUUUUGACAUAAAAUUGAUACAGAUAUUUUUAAUAAUUUAGACUUCAAGCAUGGCUGUUUUCUAUGACACUAGACACUGUGUACUGUAGUUCAGAUUACCCAUCUAAGGAAUGUAGCAACUGCAGUCUAGAGCUGGUUUAAGGCUUUUGUCAAUGCACCGAAAGAAAAACAAGUUAGUUUUUUACAAGGCCCUUUUAUACCUCUCCAAACUCAAACUCCUUAAACGAUUCUAAAGUGCUGGUAGUAACCUGCAUUAUUGGAAUGCACCUAUUGUGUCUGAAUUUUUAAACAACAUAUUUGUUCAUUUAGAAAACUUUUAAAUGUUUGCACAUGUCAACUGGCCCAAAAAAAUGAACCAAAAACAAUGCAAAAGCAAAAAAAAAAAAGAAAAUGUCUUCAAAUUUUGGUUCAUGCCAUAGAGCUACAUGCUGAGAGAAGUCGAAGGUAAAGCUAGUUCAUAUUGACCCGGACGCUAAAGUGCUAUGUUUGCUCAUGGAGUGAGGAUUUUAGUGCGUGUGCAUUGUGAGUGAUAAACUCUAUAACCUCUACAGUGGAAUCUCUUCAAACCCAACUAGGUUUGAUAUCAUAGUUACCUAAGAAGGGAAUAGGUGCAAGAAGAAUUUCGUAAGUUGAAGCAAGUUGAAUGAAGUUAACCAUGUAACGGAAGAAAGAGUUCAAGAAAGGAGAUUUUCUUUCCCCACCGUUAACCAGAUAUAUAUUCAUUUUUCAUGGUAAUGAGGGACAGAAGAGACAAGGUUUUCAGCCCCCACAGAUAACUCAAAAAUGACUUUAGUCAAUAACAGAAACUUUCUUUCUCAUCAAAACUUUUAUAGGACUUACUUAAAGUAUUAAAAGAAAGAAUUUCAUCAUUUUUUCAUUUUCUGUCUAAAGCAGGCAGUCAGUCAGAAGAAAAAGAAGGCACCUGAGUAACUUAUAAAUUAUUUUCCAAUCCCUUAAGAUCCUAAACAUCAUUCUUAGGAGCACUGGGAUAGACCCCAAAAGAGUUAUGAUACAGAGAAGAGGCUCAUCUCACUGAACAGUACUUCUCAUUGUUUAAAAAAGCUUAAAACUUAGACGUUAGCUUUAACUUAAAUAGUAUUUGCCAUUUAGCUCAGACCUUUAUAGGAAGCAAGCUUAAUGGUUGAUGAUUUUAAAUUCCCUCUUUCUUGUAGGAAGGACAAUGAAAGGCUAGAAUUGGGUCUUUAAAGUUCAAUAUGUUACUUUGUAAUAGAUGUUUAAUACAUUUUCUGCUAUCUUGCUGCUAUGGUUUUUCUCCAAGAGCUACAUAAUUUAGUUUCAUAUAAAAUAUCAUCAGUGUAGAACCGAAUUCAAUUUAAAGCUGUGUGUUUGAAAGAACCAUCUUACUAUUUCACAAUAGGCUGACAACAUUUCUAUAGCCAAAAAUAGCUAAAUACCUCAAUCAGUCUCCGAAUGUCAUUUUGGUACUUUGCUGGCCACACAAGCCAUUAUUCACUAGUAUGACUAGUUGUGUCCUGCAGUUUAUAUUUAACUUUCUUUAUGUCUGUGGAUUUUUUCCUUCAAAGUUUAAUAAAUUUAUUUUCUUGGA